AUGAAGAUCAUGUAUCAAGCAGUAUUGGAGCAGCUCCUUGACCCAGAAGACGAAACCGAGUCAAAGAGACUUGAGCAAGAGUUCAAAGAUAUUGUGGGAGUAGUUAUUCUUCUUGCUGCACCUCUAUCAGUUCAUGCGCUUGGAAGCCUCCUGCCACCUGCAAUUUCAGUUGCAGAUGUCGGAUAUCUCUUGAACAAACUCCGUUCAGUUCUAAGUGUACCAGCAGAUGAUCAUUCUCCAGUUUCCGUUCUGCACGAAUCGUUUCGCGAAUUUCUUCUGUGCUCGGGUACAAGAUUCUUUCUGGAUAUACAGGAAAUUCAUGGGAAUAUAGUGUCGCAUGGCCUUCAUGUUAUGAACCAGUAUUUGAAGCGCGAUGUCUGUAAUCUGCAGCACUACGGAAUCCAGCGCGCGGACAUCAAAAAUGAAACCAUCAGGCAGUUUCUUCCAUCAGAACUCCAGUAA